AUGUGGCAGUGGUCUCUGCCGGGGGAGAAGUUCAACGACAACAAAGUGAUCCUGAUCAAUGAGAGCAAGACCUGGGAGGAGGCCCUGGAUCACUGCAGGGAGAACCACCGGGAGCUCGUCUCCGUCACCGACCGCCGUCAGCAGGCGUGGGUCCAAGAGACGGCCAGGCGGGCCAACACUACCUUCGUCUGGAUGGGGCUGCGCUACACCUGCACCCUGGGCUUCUGGUUCUGGCUCACCGACGAGGCCGUCAGAUACAAGAACUGGACCCCGGGGACGCAGGAGGAUGAUUGCGACAUGUCUGGUGAGUGUUCCUUUGGCCUGGGUCGCCUCUACGAGUACCACUUUGUGGAGCAGAUGAAGACCUGGGAGGAAGCCCAGACGUAUUGCAGAGAGAACCACACCGACCUGGCCACAGCUUACGACAUGGAGGAUGCGGAGAGACUACGUCACUUAGUAAAGAGUCGAAGUGAAGCCUGGAUCGGGCUGCGGAACCAAAGAAAUGCCAACGGGACGUGGCACUGGUCUCUGCCGGGGGUGAAGUUCAACCACAGUGAGACAAACUGGAAACAAAGGGAGCCGAAUAAUCGUCCUUUCCCUAAGAACUGUGUGGUGUCACGGCAUAACGAUUUGCUGGAUUUCCCCUGUGCUGAGAAACAUGAAUUUGUUUGCUACAAUGACACAGAGCCAAAAAGUUUCCAUUUGAUUGGACAGAAUAAGACCUGGCUUGAGGCUCAGAGCUUCUGCAGAGAAAAUUUCAAAGACCUGAUGAGUGGACGUAAACAGCUAAAUGAUCAAAAGUUCACAAGCCUGCGUAAAGAGAACAAAUGCCUGUGGAUCGGCCUGUUCAGAGACACCUGGAAGUGGUCCGAUGAGAGCAGUUCCUCUUUCAGAUACUGGGAGAAAAUAUCAGAACAAGAUAAAGACAGUGAUGAAAACGAUGACAAAGACCAGAAAUGUGCGACUGUGUCCGAUGGGAAAUGGAGCUCAGAUGAUUGCGAUGAAGAACACCCCUUCUUCUGCUACAACGACAAAUUGAUCCUGAUCAAGGAGAAAAGGACCUGGGAGGAGGCCGUGGACUACUGCAGAGAACACCACCAGGACCUGGCCUCCGUCACCGACAGUCACUGGCAGGAGUGGGUCCAACAGAGAGCCAGGGGGGCCGACACCCCCUUUGUCUGGGUGGGGCUGCGCUACAGCUGCCCUCUGGGGUUCUGGUUCUGGGUCAGCGACGAGAUGCUCUGCUUCAGCAACUGGGCGGCUGGCAACAAGACGGAGGGGUGCGACAUCGCCGCGGCCAUGAGGUCGAGAGGAGGAGGAGGCGAUUGGUUCGCUCUGCCGGAGGAGGGAGCUUAUAAUUUCAUCUGUGCCGUAAAUUGAGUUCAGGAAUCACUCAUAAUCACAACUCACUGGCGGGAGACGUCAUGUUGGAUUUAAAUGUAACCCUGCAAUACUUUUUUCAUGCAUCUCUUCGGUGUGGUACAGUAAGAGAAAAUAAAUAUAUAAAUCUUUUCUGCUUUGCUUGAGUAGACAUUUUAAACAUAAUUUAAAUAUAAUGUAAAAUCUUUUUCUUAAUUCCUCGUAUUAGUUUAAUGUAAGAGAAGAUCAGAGAGGAAAUGCAGGCCACCCCUGUGCGUGAAAUGACUUAAAAAACACCUACAUUUACCUUUUGAUGAAAUGAUUUCAAUAAAAAUAAUGCUUUCCCUGAAUAUAGUGGUAUUCAGUUUAUUUUCUAUGGAUUUCUGUGGAUGAAGACAAAUGAUUGACUUUCUGUACGGUAACAGGAACACAACGGUUCACCAUGAUUAUACAACACAUGGAUAUUAUAUUAAUAUUGUUAAGGACUGCUCCUAAAUCCCUUUAGAUGUAACACACACUGUUAACCUUUACAAAGUUUUCCACCUUUCUUUAACAUCCCGUCAACUGCUCGGUCUUCUUUAAGAAUAGUCCUGGGCUACAUUUACUUUCACUUUUGACUUGAAGAGGUUCCGCCACAUUCCAGGUGGCUGCU